AUGGCAGUAAUUCAAAAAUAUGGAAAAAACUGCAAUUUGGUGUGUAACAAGGAGACCCAUCAGCCCAACAGUGGAUCCUCUGCAGUGUCCCACAAGAAAUGGAGCGAGCAGAGCGCAUACUGGUCCAGACAUAUGGCGAGGCUGUGGACAGUGGUGCUCUUCUUCGGAACAUGUUUGCUGUACUGCGCCCGGAUGACCAUGCCCAUCUGCGCGGUCAGCAUGGCAGAACAAUUCCACUGGAGCCACAAGGAGUCCGGCAUGGUCCUGGGCAGCUUCUUCUGGGGCUAUUGCUUCACCCAGAUCUUUGGAGGCUAUGUCAGUGAUAAAGUGGGAGGUGAAAAGGUCAUGUUGUUGUCAGCUGCAGCUUGGGGCUCAACGACGGCGUUUACUCCAGUUUUGGCCCAUUUCUGCUCUCAGCCAAUAAUCUCUAUGACUGUAGCGCGGUUCCUGAUGGGUUUGCUACAAGGGGUUCAUUAUCCAUCGCUGGUCAGUCUGUGCUCCCAAAAGGUGGUAGAAAGUGAGCGAGGAUUCCUGAUGAGCACAGUGGGUAGUGGCUCCUAUCUGGGCACGCUGAUGAUCGGUGGAACGGGAUCCUUCAUGUUGGAGCUGUACGGCUGGGAGAGUGUGUUUUAUGUGUCCGGGCUGCUGACCAUACUCUGGGCCUUCUGCAUGUGGAAGUACCUCUUGGAAGGAGAAGGUCCUGUCAUUACCCUCGAAUCUUUAGGAAGCAGCAAGACCCAAACCAAGCUCACUAAAAUACAUUGGUUGCGGCUCUUCAAGCAGCCAGCUGUUUGCGCUGUAAUUAUUGCACAUCUUUGCACAGCGAGCACAUUCUUCACCCUUUCGUCCUGGCUGCCGACCUAUUUCAGAGACACCUUCCCAGAUGCCAAAGGCUGGGUGUUCAAUGUUAUUCCCUGGGUGGUAGCCAUUCCUUCCUCUGUUUUAAGUGGGUGCUUUUCUGACAAUCUCAUCGGUCAAGGUUUUGAUACAGCAUCUGUGCGGAAGCUAAUGCAGUUUUUUGCCAUGGGCCUGUCCAGUGUGUUCACCCUGUGGCUCUGUGGGAAAACCACGUUCCCGUGGGCGGUGACUCUUGUGUCCAUCACCAUGGGCCUGCACACCUUCAACUACAGCGGCGUCUCAAUCAAUGUCCAGGAUCUGGCUCCGUCGUGCGCUGGGUCCUUGUUUGGAGUUAUGAAUACAUGCGGCGCUUUCUCAGGGGUCCUGCUGGUGUAUUUCUCUGGGUAUCUGAUUGAAACGACAGGAUCUUGGGCCUCGGUGUUUGCACUCAUCACCACAGUGAACCUGCUGGGACUUGGCAUUUUUCUGGCCUUUGGAGAAGCCAAGCGAAUGGACAUCGACUCCUGUAAAGGCCGUUAUCACCACAUCCACAUUUAG